AUGAAUUACACCACAUGUGAACUUCAGACAGCAGAUAAAUCAACAACAAAAGCUAUCUGCUUCUCGCCAGAGAAAACGAAACCAUUAAGAAGAGCCAUGGAAAACAAAAGUCCUGUAAAAUUAACAAAAUAUGAAUACAAUGAAAGAUAUCGUAACAUUGUCAUAAAAAACACAACUUCUGUCACCGAGGUGAGCCACCCAGUAGAUUUUGCCCGAGCAGAAUCCUUAUCAACUGCAGUGUCAACCAUAUCUAAUAUAAAAACAACAUCACCUCACGAGCUUGUUUCCUUGAAAGCAACAGUCAAGCACCUAUCAGGCACCAAAAUUGUAAACAUGGAUAAAGGCUCACUGAAGAAAUGCUCUUGUAUAUUGCAAGAUACAACAGGCACAAUAGAAGCUGUGUUUUGGGAAGAGUGGGUUGGCAUUGUGGAAAAUGAGAAAACCUAUAUGUUCACCAAUUUUAGGGUUAAGAAGAAUAAUUAUACAAACGACGUGUAUGUCAAUACUGCAAAAGAUGGAUUUGAGGUAAAAGAGUGUGAUCCUUUCCAACAACUGCUCCCUGAUGUUCAACCAAGCAUUGCCGAUAUUGCAACAAAACAAGCAACUGUGUCGAUAAUUGGAGUAAAAAAGCUAACCAAGUACAACACUUGCAGUGCUUGUGGCAAAAAAAUGGAAGGCAGUGGUAAAACAGUGAAGGGUGAAUCAUGCAAACUAAAACAAAGAAUAUCUCCAGAAGGCACAAGUUGGUACGCUCGACUUUAUCUGCAAAACAGAGACACAAAAGAAAAGUUCUACCUCACUGCCUUCAACCAAGAAUUAAUUAAACUACUGGAGGAAAAUGACGAGGAACUCAUGCCUGAGCAAGAUGAAGAAACCAUCACUGAUUUCCUUCUUGACAUUGACAAUGUUGAAAUUAGAUAUAACAUUGCAGAUGGUAAACUUCUUGAAGUGGUGAGCAACUUAGACAUUUGA